CUGUCUCUGGCAAAAGGGAAAAUUUGUGCUGACGAGAACAAAAUGGAGGCACUUGCUACGUUUGGAAGGUUUGCGACGUUAGUUGGGCAAAAUAUUCUCUUCACCUUGUUGUUUGAUGAUCAUAUCUAAAGCUGCCAGGACAAUCCACCUUCAUGUCAAUUCUUCACCAUCUGAAUAUACAGCGUCAGUCAGUGUGUUUACUCGCCCAACUGCUUCUUAAAGUAUAGUUUAUGACCUGCGAGUUGAUUCUGCUGCCCUCAGUCUCCAGUUAGUUAAACACAGGUCUUCAAUUUCCCAAAGUACUUUGUGACGCUGUCAGGUUCUAGUUUGUGAAUUUCACUCACUUUAAUUCCUUUCUUAAAGUAUAGUUAAUGACUUGCAAGUUGAUUCUGCUGCCCCCAGUCUCCAGUUAGUCAAACACAGCCCUUUAAUUUCUGAAAGGCAGCCUUUUAAUAAGAUGUAAUCACACAUUUAUAGCCUAUGACAAUGACAGCAACAAAGAUGAUGGUCUCUGAUGAGGAGAAGAGAUGGCUCGUUGUUGGGAUUGCCAUGAACAAAGUAGCAGCUCCGGUAUUGAGAGAUUUCAUCAAACAAGGAAUGGACAGGUAUUAUACAAACCUGGACAUCUACUGCAGUGGUCUCGCAACACCCUGUACCCUAAAGACACUGACUUACCAUCAGGUCAGUACUGAUCCACGCUUUAAACACUUGAAAUUCCAGAACGUCAACAACAAUCUUCACUUGUAUGGCAUGAAAAGAAAGACUUCCACAAGUACAACUACAACAUCAACAGUUCAAUAGACUUGGCCAAGCUGUACCUGCCAGAGUAUCUUGCUGAGUUUUCAGGCUUUGACGAGUCACUGGACAUGAGCGCCAUCCUUCGCCUGUUGGGAUUUAACAACCCUGCACCCAUUUUCCACUCAGCAAAUCCAUUGAUUUCCAUUCAGUCGUCAGCUGAUGACGUCAGGGAAAAUGUCAGGAACACAUGGGGCCAUUUUGAUGUGACUGACUGGACUAAGGUCUUCUUUACUGAUUGUUUCUCCAAGCUGAACACCUUGGUGAGAAGCGUGGGACUGACUGGUGGUAUGGAGAAGACGACUCUGGAUCACCUUUCUGAUUGGGAAACAAAAGGUUGUCAGCUGUGCAUGGGUCAUGCUGUGGAUCAAAAUCUUCUUUCUCUUGUGCAACAAGAUGUCAAAAACCUUGUCAAGGACUACAAGACCACUGAAGAAUCGCUAGCUCAACAGAGAGUGGACCUAACUGCAAUGCAAAACACGGUGAUUUCCAUCCAAGAUCAGCAAUCAGCAACAAGAGCUCAACUGGAGGAACAUGAUCAGCAAUUGGCAGCAGUGCUGGAGUGGAAGGAGCAACAGAUGAAAGAGAAUGAAGACAUAUUGCAAAAGCUUGUGUCAGUCGAGAAAAUGCUGAGUGAAGAAUUAUUGAUCAGAGUUGAAGGAGUAGAAAAGGGACUUGCCGAGACAGACAACAAACUAGAACAACUGGAGCAAGGGUUUGCCAAGAGAGAUGGCAAAGUAGAACAACUGGAGCAAGCGUUUGCCAAGACAGAUGACAAAGUAAAACAACUGGAGCAAGGGUUUUCCAAGACAGAUAACAAAGUAGAACAACUGGAGCAAGGGUUUGCCAAGACAGAUGACAAAGUAGAACAACUGGAGCAAGGGUUUGCCAAAGUUGAAAAGGAUGUGUCCGAGACAGGCAACAAAGUCAAACAACUGGAAGAAGUAGUUAGAAGUCACAGGAUGAAGGAAAACAAACCAGCUUCCUCUGUCGAAACAUUCGAUGUGAAAUCCUGUCAAAGCAAACUUGCAGAGCAUUACAAACGAACUGCCACGGUGCCCACCUCUGUGUGGACGAAAAAAUCCCCGGUGGACAUUCACCAGAUCUACACUCGACUGUCCUGGGUGAAAGAGGAACAAAACCCAUCUGGGUCUUCACAGUCUAAGCUGGCUCAUUACACAGACGUGUUUACUGCAAACAAGAACGGUGUUUUACCGAAGAGGAUAUUAGUACAAGGGCAGACGGGUAUUGGGAAGAGCACUUUCGUCAAGAAACUGGCGGUGGACUGGGCUGAACUUGAUGACAAGAUCACGGGAGACACAAAGAAUGAUGCAUUGACCAGGUUUGAAGAUGGUAGAGACGAACAUGUAAGUGAAGAUAAAGAAGCAACAUUUCAAGAUAACAAAGACCCCUCAAGAUCACGUGGCAAGCAUGAAGACAUGAGCGAAACCCAGAGAGAAUCCUUGAAGAAGUUCGAGCUUGUUCUUGUCAUUAAUCUCAAAGAGGUAUCCAAAUGCAGUAGCCUCAGAGAAAUCGUCCGUUCCUGCAGUAUUUUUCCCGAGGAAGAAACAGCCCUUGUUGAUGACCUGCUAAGUUACAUCACCAAAAACCAAGAGAAAGUACUGCUGGUGUUUGAUGGCUACGACGAGUAUCGCUGCGGAAGCAACUCUGAAAUAUAUGAAAUAUUCAGAGGGAAGAAACUGAGAAACUGUUGUGUCCUGAUAACAACUCGAAUUUCCAAAGCUGACGACCUACGAGAAUUCAAAGACGUGCAUGCUGAGAUCACUGGGUUUAGUAAAGAGGACAGAGUUGACUUUAUGAUCAAAGUGCUUGGUGGCAAAGCAGAAGCAGAAGAGCUGAGGCUUCAUCUGUCACGGAAGAAGCUAACAGACCUAACAAGCGUUCCAUUACUUCUACUUUUUUUCUGCACUCUGUGGAAAAAAGGAAAGUUGAAGAGCUUUCCAGAAAACAAAACGAAACUGUAUUUAGGAAUUGUUCAAUACGUUUUGGAUUACAAUCAAGGGAAAGACUCUCCUGCUCGCUUUGGCAAAGUACACGAUUUCAAAGAGGUCCUUGCUGAAAUUGGAAAAGUGGCGUUGGAAUGUCUUUUGAAGGACGAUCAUGUGUUCGAGUAUGAUCAAUUGUCUGAUGCCAUCCGUUGUGAUGAAAGUCUUAUCAUUGGCUUACUUCAAGUUACCGAGCACGCAGAAAAUCUUCGACCAGCAGGGAUGGUAUCCUUUAUCCACAAGAGCAUUCAAGAAUUUCUAGCAGCCUUAUUCAUCGCUUACAAAUGUGUCUCUGAAGGAAAUCUCGGCGGAAUUGAACAGCACGCACGCACCUUGGAGGAUUGUAAGGCCUUCGAGAAUGUUUUCCAGUUCGUUUGUGGUUUGUCUGACGAAGGAGCAGUGAAAAUUCUUGAACACUUGAAGUCAGUCAGAAUCUCUGACCCAACACUGGAUUUAUCAAAGACGAUACCGGACGUAGAAACCGAGACUGGCGUGCCUCUAUUUGACGUCACUGGUAGGCCUGAGAGAUUCAAUAACUUGGUUUAUGAUUCCUUUCGAGAGGUUAAAUCCAACGCUGAACUCUUAAGUCAUUUUUUGGAUUGCAUUGGUGGAGUCAUCCCUGUCACCAGAAAUAGGCCGCUUUCUGAACUUAUGGAAAGUGUAAACGUCUUGACUAAACUAGCACGGGAUUGUGUCUUUUACCUUCCUUUCAUUUCCCUUGAUGAAGACGGUGAAUACACAGCAUUGUACAAAUCGCUUGAGUUUCUCAACUGUUUGCAGUUGCCGUUAAGAAUAACUGAGGGUUCUGAAGUUCUCACAUUUGAAGACUUCAUAAGAAAGUUCAGGCUGAAUAGACUUGGACGCUUACGCUGCUUUUUCAGUUUCAUCCUUUGUUUCCGUAAUGGUCAGUUUCAGUGUUACAUUACCGAGUUGUAUCUGCAAUGUGAUGACCAUGCCAGACUAUUUACGGAAUCUAAUGCCAUUGCUGUUUCAUCUGCUACCUCAAGUUUGUGUUCAGAACAAUCCUGUCUGAAAUUCUUAAGUUCUCUGCGUUGGUACAAGCUAAGCGCACAAACAGUGAAAGCUCUUGGUGCAGUCAUCCGGAAUUGUAAGCAUUUAAGUAGAAUUGAAGUUAUGGAGGUUGAUGACUCCAUAUGUUAUCUAUUCGAACAAGUGCGAAACCCCAGUAAGUGCUCUCUGACGAUUGACGCUUCCAAUAGAAGUCCUGAUGUCAGUAUUGACCUUACAUCAACUGUAGCAGUGCAGCUUGCAAGUUUGUUACCAAGAUUUAACAACGUCAUAGCUCUUAACCUUGACCUGAGUCACUGCGAUGCUGCAGCAUUGAACACAUUGGUUACUAGUAUCACACAUAAGACUCUGGAGAAAUUGAUACGUAGUGGAACAAGCUUGACUCCAGCAGAAGCCGCGGCACUCGGUCGGUCACUUCCUGAAAUGUCGUCCCUACAAGUACUGGAGUUGACUGGUGUGGAUGGAAGCAUUUUGCAAGCUGAGGAAAUGGAGGCGUUGUUUGGCGGAUUUAACAAGAUGCUGCCUUUGGUCAGGUUAGCAUUCAGAAAUUUUAGCUCGAGGGGUUGUCUCGCUGCGCUCUGCAAAAGCUUUCGCUUCUUCUCCAAUUUGAAAGAGCUAAACCUUGAAAAGUUGGAUAUGAAUGAACACGACCAGUGUAGUCUGGUGGAGAGCCUUAGAUUCCUUUGUGGUCUGACGGCACUGAAUAUACAGGAGACUGAUCAACAGGGUUACGCGCAUUGCUACACAACAAAAUCAAACACGCGCGGGAUUCAAGCGACACUAAAUCUGGAGGGAGUGAAACUGACUCCAGCAGUAGCUAUGGCACUCGGUCGUUCACUUCCUGAAAUGUCGUCCUUGCUAGAACUAAGGUUAACUGGUGUAGAUGGAAGCAUUUUACAAGCUGAGGAAAUGGUGGCGCUGUUUGGGAGACUGUACAAACUGUUGCCGUUGCGCGAGUUUGUUUUCAAGGGUUACUGCCUAAGAAGUUGUAUUUCUCCGCUCAACAACAUCUUCCACUUUUUUCCCAAUGUUAGAAGGUUAGAGCUUGAAAAGUUAAACAUGGAUGAAGAUGAACAGUGUAGUCUGCUGGAGAGUUUAAGAUUAAUUCCCGAUGUAACAUCACUGAGUGUGCAGAGCAAACCACUGGUCCACGGAAGUUGCUGCGCAGCGAAAUUGACGUUAACCUCCGACUUUUUUCCGCUCGGCGUGACUUCCAAGAGUUUGGACCUGAACGGAAUAAGCUUGACUUCAAAAACUUCACAGUCACUUGGUCGAUUACUUCCUCAAAUGUUGUCCUUAACAACACUCGAGUUUACAGGGGAAGGGGCCAAGAGCAUUUUGCAUGCGAAGGAAAUAAAGGCCUUGUUUGGCGGUUUCAGCAGAAUAUUGCCUUUGCGCCGUCUUGUUUUCGGUCGUUUUGACCUGAGGGGUAGUGUCGCUCCAAUUACCAAUAGUUUCUGUUUCUUUCCCAGUUUGGUAUGGUUGGAUCUUCUGGAUUACAAUAUGGAUGAACAUGACUUGUGUGGCUUGCUGGAGAGCUUACGAUUCCUUCCUAAUCUAAUGGAACUGACAAUACUUGGCAGAGAAUCUGGUCAAGCAUCUUGUUGUAAAGUAGAAGCAAACAAUGUCUGUGGAUUCACACAUGAGGCUCUCAGGGAAUUGCUACUAAUUGGAAUAAACCUGACUCCAAGAGUAGCCGCAGUGCUCGGACGGAUACUCCCUGAGAUGUCGUCCCUACAAGAUCUCCGUUUACGUGGGACUCGCGGAAAUAUUUUGCAAGCUGAAGAAAUGACCGCGCUUUUUGGCAAAUUCAACAAAACGUUGCCUUUAAAGUUUCUUACUUUCAGUGACUUUAGUGUGAGAGGUUGCCUGGCUCCACUCACUGAAAGCUUUCGCUUUUUCCCCAAUUUGGAAGAGUUGUCUCUUGGAGGGUACACAGGAGAGUUGAACCUGGAUGAAUAUAACUUGUGUGCUUUGUUGCAGAACUUGAGUUUCAUUCCUAAUCUCAAGACAUUGAGCGUAAAGGGUCAAACAGUGGGUGACGCGCAUUGCUGCACAGCGGAAGUAAACACAAUGGCUAGUUUCAUCCACAAGACUCUCGAGCAACUCCAGCUGGAUAAAAUAAGCUUGACUUCAGUAUCAGCCGCACUGCUCGGUCGUUUGCUACCUGGAAUGUCAUCACUACAAGUUCUGGAGCUAUCUGGUGUGGAGGGAAGCAUUUUGCAAGCUGAAAAAAUGGAGGCUUUGUUUGGGGGAUUUAACAAAACCUUACCAUUACACAGGCUUACGUUCAGAAAUUUUAGCUCGAGGGGUUCUCUUGCUAUACUCUGCAAAAACUUUCACUUCUUCCCGAAUUUGAAAGAGUUAGAGCUUGACGGGUUAAACAUGAAUGAGCAUGACCAGUGUAGUCUGCUGGAGAGCUUGAGAUUUAUGCUUAGUUUGAGGGCGCUGAGUAUACAGAGUACACGUCAGGAACAGGAACACGUCCACUGCCAUCCAAAAGAAUUUAACACAUUCCGUAGUUUCGCAUCGGAGGCUCAUAAAGGACUUCACGUUAAUGGAAUAAGCCUCACUCCAGCAGUCGCCGCCGCACUCGGUCGGUCGCUUCCUGAAAUGCCGUCCCUGCACGUUCUCCAAUUAAUGGGGGUGAAAGGAAGCAUUUUGCAAGCUGAGCAAAUGGAGUCGCUGUUUGGUAGAUUUAACAACACAAUGCAUUUGUGCGAGCUUACUUUCAGUGGUUUCAGCGUGAGAGGCUGUCUUUCUCCACUCAUCAAAAGCCUCCACUUCUUCCCCAGUUUGAGAGAGUUGAAGCUUGAAAGGUUAGACAUGGAUGAACAUGACCAGUGUGGUCUAUUGACCAGCUUUGGAUUCAUUCGUAAUCUGACGGAACUAAGCGUGCGCGAAAGUGGAGAGGAAUGCCUGAGUUUAUUUUAUAGAAAUACCACAGAAGAACCAAAGCGCAGGAUCCUGGGACUGGAUGGAAUAAGCCUGACUCCACCAGUAACCACACUUCUCGGACGGUUACUUCCUGAAAUGUCGUCCUUGCAAAUACUUGGGGUAACUGGGGUGCAUCGAAGAAUUUUUAAAACUGAGGAAAUGGAAGCGUUGUUUGGCGGAUUUUACCAAACGUUGCCUUUGCAUGAGCUUACUUUGAGAAGUUUAAGCGUAAGAGGUUGUCUUGCUCCACUCUUCAGAAACCUCCAUUUCUUCCCCAACUUGAUAGAUUUACGUCUUGCAAUGUUAAACAUGGAUGAACAUGACUUAAAUGGUCUGCUGGAUAGCUUUCAGUUCAUUCCUAAUCUAGGGGAGCUUAACUUGUCAGGUAAUCCUCUCGGUCACGCAGUGACAUCUAUCGUGCCACACGUCAUCAACCUGAAGAGGCUUCAGUAUCUUUGGAUUCUCAACACUGGUCAUUCUGAGGAAGAUCUGAUUUACGUUCGAGAAACCGUCCAGCAAGCACUACCAGAACUCAAAAUUAACAGGGACUAGGAAUUCUUCCAUUUUGAAGAUCUAGGUUUUCUAGAUUAAUGGUGUAAUCCGAGUUAAUUGGACUGUUUUUCUUUGCGAUCCUUGAGCACCUCCAUGCGGUAAUAAUUUUCAUAGCAGCUUUUCCAAAUUUAAAUUUUAGCUAAAGACAAGAAAGCGGCUUUCAUUAGUAAGCUUAUGCUAGUUUUGUUGUUUGUUUAAAAUAGGCGAGGUAUUUAGAUUCCUCUCAGAAACAGAUGUUUCCGUAAAGGGGCAAAGUCUCAGCUGAUAUACGAUAAGAUUUCCACUACUGAGACGGUAGGUUUUUCCGCUGGGAACCGUAUUUCAGUUGAACGGACACUUGAACUGCACUGAGCGGGGAACUUCUCUAAAUUCAGAGAAAAUUGACUCAGAAAAUCACCACUUUGCUUGUGGAAACGAUCUACUUCACUAGAGGCUUCUAAGGACGUCAAGGAUGAGAAAGGACUCGGUCCCAACAGUAGCUAAGAGUAGUUUAUUCAAACUUCGUGUCCAUUUGUCAGUCUAUAAAUCAAGGCAAUACAAAAUCGACGAAUAAUUAUAGAUGCACGACUCGAGCAAAAUUAGAAACAAAUUUCAGUUUGAAUAAAAUGAGAGCGGAGGAAACAAAGCUCUCAAUGUGUUGUCAAACUGAAA